UUUUCACGUUUUUAUCUCGCACACCGAAUCGUGUAAUAUAAAUAUUGAAUUACGAGGAAGGGGGUUCUUUCCACCUCCGUGACAAUAAUUAACGAGCCAGUAAAAUGCAGGAAAAAGCGUCCCCCCCUUCCGGUGGUACCCCGGCGAAGGUGAAAACAGAUAGCUGGAUGGAGGACGCAUCGCCGAUUGGUCGGUCGUUAUCGGCACUGACGAGCGCUACCAGCAACCAUGGCAAGAACGCUCGUAAAUUUUCAAAUAUUCUGGAGAUGGAACGGUUCAGCAACAGCAACGUCGUUUCGAUGGACGAAAGUAGUGCCGCGGUGGAGCAUAACCCGAUCGACGAUAUACCGAUGCUACCGGAUGCGGAUGAUAUCCACGAAAGCUUACUGUACAACGAGAGUCCCAAUUUACCCACCGUGACCACGUACAAAGAUCUCGCUUCGGAUAUUCUGGCCAAUGACAAAGCAUCAGCCUUGGGAAAUCUGGACGAGAUUGACAUUGCCAUCCUCACGGAGUGCCUGGAAAACGAAGAAGAUAUCGAAGAACCGGACGAAGUGUGGACCUGGGAUCAACUGUUCACGCAACUGACGGUCAAGAUCAGUUCGGAGACGAAGGCGCCCGUCGUCGAGUUCAGCAACUAA